AUGUCAUGUUCAACUGACCUCCCGGUCAAGCAGCAGCUUGUUGAUAAGGUUCCCAAGCGCUUCAAAAGCAUCAAAUUCGGCUUACAGCAAUUGUACUUCUUUGCCGUGGUUGAAAUAUCCGAUAGGCUGCUUUACGAUAUUGAGAAUAGUCGCUCUCCAUACGCUCAUGGUCCGCUCGAUACCCGGCUGGGCACUUCAAACAAGUUGGGCAGAUGCGCUACAUGCCAUGAAACUUUACAGCAUUGCAAUGGGCAUUUUGGUUGCGUUAAACUUCCGCUACCAGCAUUUAACGUCGGAUACUUGCGUUUCACUGUGACUAUGCUGCAGAACAUAUGCAAAACCUGCAGCCGCGUGCUACUUUCGGAUCAUGAAGGGCAAACUUUCCUCAAAGAACUGCGACGCCCCCAUCUCGAUAAUCUCGGCCGAAGCAAGAUUUGCAAGACGAUAAACGAGCAGUGCCGCAAGGCCAAGAUCUGUCCUCAUUGUGCUUCUUUCAACGGACAAAUUAGAAAGACUGGCGUGCUCAAACUUACGCACGAUAAGUUUUCUUCCUACAAGAAGUCCACUUCUGCUAAAAAGGUCCCACCGGCAGCCAAGAUUGAGUUUGACGAGUCAUUUUUCACAGCUCGGAACGACAACCCAGACCUUGAUAAACACUUAAAUAAAGCUAUGGAGGAUCUCAACCCACUAAGAGUGCUUGGUCUGUUCCAACGUAUAAGGCCUGUCGAUUGUGAGCUGCUCGGGAUAAAGCCCCAGAUGUUUAUCUGGCAGUAUCUCCCAGCUCCUCCCGUUUGCAUAAGGCCAUCCAUCAGCCAAGAUAAUGCUAGCAACGAGGACGACCUAACGACCAAGUUGGCCGAUAUCGUAUGGGUCAGUGCAAUGAUUCGGUCAUCAUUGCAAAAGGGUUCGCCAAUCCAGACUAUUAUGGAGCAGUGGGAAUAUUUGCAAACCCAAGUCGCUAUAUAUGUUAAUAGUGAGAUACCCGGCCUCCAACAGCCCGGGUUUGGAAAAUCCGUGCGGGGAAUAUGCCAACGAUUAAAGGGUAAGCAAGGACGGUUCCGCGGGAACCUGUCUGGCAAACGUGUUGACUUUUCCGGCCGAACUGUCAUCUCGCCAGAUCCAAAUCUUAGUAUUGAGGAAGUUGCGGUGCCAGAACUAGUUGCCAAAAACCUGACAUACCCAGAAAGAGCACAGCGGCAGAAUAUUGAGAAACUGAGGAGGUGCAUUAGAAAUGGUCCCGACGUCUGGCCUGGAGCCCAGUAUGUUCUGAAAAUGCGAGAUGGAGGCUACAAGAUAUCCCUCAAAUUUGCUGAUACCGAGCUAGUCGCCGACAAUUUAUGCAUGGGGGAUGUCGUGGAGCGCCAUAUUGAAGACGCCGACAUCAUUCUAUUCAACCGUCAGCCAUCACUUCACAAAUGA